ACUAACAUCACCACAGCAAAAACUAGAGAAUUCAUGGACCUGAUCUUCACGCUACUCGUCCUCCUCUCUCUCGCAGCCGGCCUUUGGUUUCGCCGUGCUCUAAAUCGAGGUCCGGGACUCAAGCUCCCGCCAGGACCCACCCCGCUUCCCAUCUUCGGCAACAUUCUCUCACUCGGCCGGAAGCCCCACCAGUCCCUGGCCCGGCUAGCCAAAGUCCACGGCCCCAUCAUGCUCCUAAAACUCGGCACCCGGACCGCCGUCGUGAUAUCCUCGCCGGAAUCCGCCAGGGCCGUCCUCCAUAAGCAAGACCAAGCCUUCUGCAACCGGUUCGUCCCCGACGCCGCCGGAGUCCUCGACCACGACCGCAACUCCGUCGCCUGGAUGCCCGUCGGCGACCAGUGGCGCGUGAUCCGCAAGAUCUGUAAGGACAAGAUGCUCUCCGGCCAGCGGAUGGACGCCGGCCGUGGCCUGAGAAUGGAGAAGCUGAAGAAUCUGGUCGGACACGUGGAGGAGUGCUGCGCGUCGGGCCGGGCCGUGGAUAUCGGAAAAGCAGCCUUUACGACGUCGUUGAACCUGAUGUGGACGUCGCUGUUUUCCGCCGACGCGGCGGAGCUGGGGUCCAGUUCCUCCGGCGAGUUCCGGGACAUUGUGAGUGGGAUAAUGGAGCUCGUCGGAAAGCCUAAUAUGUCGGAUUAUUUCCCGAUCCUGCGGGGGCUCGAUCCUCAGGGGAUUUUGAGGAGUGUCGAGGCAUAUUUCGGAAAAUGCUUUGCUGUGUUCGACGAGAUCAUUGAUCGGAGGGUGGAGAUGAAGUCCGCCGGAGACGAUCGGACGGUCUGGAAUGACAUGCUGGAGACCCUCCUGGAAUUCAACCGGGAAGAUCCCUCUGGAUUUACUCUUGACCACGUGAAGAAUUUACUUCUGGAUCUGUUCGUGGCGGGUACCGACACAACCUCCGGAACAGUGGAAUGGGCGAUGGCGGAGCUCAUCCGAAACCCCAACAAGCUGCAGAAGGCCAGACAUGAAUUGAGAACUGUCCUAAGCCCUGACCAACUCAUCCAAGAAUCAGAUAUCUCCCGGCUAACCUACCUUCAAUCCAUUAUCAAAGAAACCUUCCGCCUCCACCCGACGUUACCAUUGCUAUUGCCACGGAAAGCAACAAAAGACACUGAGCUCAACGGCUACUUAAUCCCGAAGAACGCCCAGAUUAUGGUCAACACAUGGGCCAUUGGUAGAGACACGGAGGUGUGGAAGGAUGCAGACAAGUUUAUUCCAGAGCGGUUUAUGGAGACGGAUAUCGACUUUCGAGGGCAACAUUUUGAGCUGACUCCGUUUGGCGGUGGGCGACGGAUCUGCCUCGGGCUGCCGUUAGCGUAUCGGAUGGUCCACAUAAUGCUGGCAAGCCUUGUGAAGGAUUAUGAAUGGAAAUUGGAGGAAGGGGUUAUGAAAGUGGACAUGGAAGAGAAGUUUGGACUCAGCCUGCAGAAGGCCAUUUCUCUUAGGAUUGUCCCUAAUAAAAUAGUUUAGUAUUUGAUGUUAUCUUAUAUCUGAAUUUGAAUAAGAAUAUAAUGUAAUAAUAAUUUAGCAACUUGUUUAUUUUAUUUAUUAAUAUUACACUAAAUAUGUUCCUGAAUUUUUAUUUGUAUUUUGCUCUAUGGUAUAAUUUA